AUGGCUUCGGCAGCUACUGCUGGAUAUCGGUAUACGCGUCUGAGUGAUUCACCUACUUCUUCAACGCAGUUUGUUGCUGAAACGUUACAGAAACAACAGCUAAUAAUAAAUGAACAGGACAGAGAUCUGGAAAAAGUGGGUGAUUCGGUUCAUCUUUUAAAAAAUAUGAGUAGUCGAAUUGGAACGGAACUCGAAGAACAAUCCGUAAUGUUAGAUGAUCUGGGCACAGAUAUGGAGCGGGCUGGCCUGAAGCUUGAUGGUGUAAUCAAGAAGAUCGCGAAAGUGACAAAUAUGAACGAUGGUUUGAUUUCACUUUUUCUUCUUGAGAUGGGUUUUUUGAAAUUUCGUUGA